AUGGCGACGUUCUCUGAUCCAUCUGGAGUGAAACAAAUUACACCUGAAGAACGCCCAACAACUUCAACAGACCCAGCACAUCCUGGUACAUCAUCGGCUAAGUCACGGUUAAAACCAAUAAACAUAAUCACACCAAAGAAGAAUCCCUUCAAAUUUCAAUGUAUGAAAUGUUUAUAUAAUAAAGAAGAUAAAACCAUUUGUGGCAGAACAUGUAUAAGUUGGAUAAGUAUCAUUUGUUACUCAAUCAUGUAUUUGAUAUUUCUAUGUACAUAUACGAUGGUAUUCUUAUAUGGCAGUUUGUGUGCGGUAAAGGCGACUGUUGAUUUCGAAAGUAGAACAGAUUUUCAAGCUUUCUCCCAGAAUGGUAUCGGACUAACAGCUACACCUGUCUCUGUGUUAGGUGGUUACCCAUUAAUUUGGUAUAAAAUUGGAGAUGCACAAGGCCACAAAAAGUAUAUUGAUGCUAUUGAUAAAUUAAUGUAUGAAAGAUCAGAUGAUGGCGUAAAUAGAACUAACUUCGGACCUUGUGCUAGACCGCCAUAUGGUUAUGGUGACAAGCCUUGUAUUAUCGUAAGAAUAAAUAACCUUAUAAAUUGGGUCGCCAAGCCUCUCACCCCGGAGACAGCUGCUGUCAAAAACGCUCCAAAUGAAGUGAAGAGUUGGAUUACAUCUAAAAACAAUAUGCUGUGGCUACAUUGCAGUGGUUAUCAUUCUUACGACAAAGAACAUAUAAAAAGCAUAAAAUAUUACCCUGACCCUCCUGGGUUUGAUGCUGAUAAGUUUCCGCUGGAUAUGAAAACCAGAGCUCCGUUGGUUGCAGUGCAAAUAUCUGAUUUUACAUUAGGUAUAUCUUUAGCCAUAGAGUGCAAGCUGUGGUAUGAAAAUGGCGAAUCAUCUGUGGAGUUCAUGUUGUAUGUUACGCCUUAA